GCUGUGCAGCUGUUGCAGAAGACUGAAGUUGUUUAAAAAAAUAUUUUUUUUCUUUCCUGUCUAAUGAAAAGAGAUUUUGAAGGGAAGAAAGAGCUCCCUCAGUUUUAUGUUUUAUCUUUUUUAAAUUCAAGAGGUGGCAGAGAAGGCAGCAGGUGCCCCUUUGUGCCAAGAAUGUUUUUGGCAAACUUUUCCCCCCAUGCCAGUCUCAGCUCAGGCUUUGGAAGAGGGAGGAAAGUUCUGUUUUACAUUCCUUGAUAAACCUGCAUCAAAUCUGCUGAGAGAUCCUGAGAUGGGAGAGCUGGGGGAAGAUUUUCCUCCCCUUUUUGUCCUUUUCUACCCUUUUGCUGUUGUAUUUCUUGCUGUGUUUUUGAUUUCUUGCUGGUUAUAGAACACGGAAGUUCCUGCUGCUGCAGGGAGGGAAGGAGAUGCCAGAGCAGUGGGCAAUGCUCCUUUAAAGGCAAAUAUCGCCCUUUGUUAAUUGGUGUGGGUAAUGAGAAGCUUUCUGCUUGAUGUUUGUGACCAGCUGGUCUCCCAAAAAGGAGACUUGGAUGGGUCCUCUGCAAAGGAGCUCCUGGGACUUCUGCCAUCUCUUGGAUGCAGCUCUGGGCCUUAGAUAUCCCCAGGUUUUUCUGGUGUACAACUUCAAUUUUAACACGUCAGCUCCUCUCAGACUUGGUACAAAAGGUUUCCACAUCUUUUAGUUUGGAAGUGUGGCCAAAGCUGUAUUUUACAGACAAUGUGAGACUGAGGUAGAAAAGAGAGGGAGAUUUUUCUUGCAAAGCAGAGUCACAUAAUGGACCCAUCUCUCCUUUAUGUUAUUUGUGCUUCUCCCAGGAUUUCAAGAGGAUUGGUCCACCCACAAGUGGCAUAAUACUAUUAAAAAUAGGUUAUUAAUACAUCCCACCAGAGAGCAGAGACAAAAGUAUCCCCACCCAGGGUGCAGUUCUUAGUUCAUUAUGUGUGUUUUGUGAAACCUUUCUCCCUCAUUUCAUCCCCAGAUUUCUGUUCCCCAUGGUCAGGACUGCAGUGCUGAGCACCUGCCUGGGUCAAGCCAGUGCAGCACUUCUCUGAGCAGCAGCUCAAACUGUCAGUUAAGCAAAAUAUUCCUUUUUCUUUGCCAGCUGGAGCUGUUUUCAGUUCAUUUGUUAUUCAUCAGACCAUGGAUUUUUCUAGGAACAUCAGCAGAUGCUGAUCACAAGGGGCUGCAGGGUAGAAAGUGGGAGAAUUCUCUUUAGACCCCAGACAUUCCUGUUCUCCCUCUCCCUGGGGAGCAUUGCUCCCUCUUACAAAACCUUUUUUUAGCCCGUGAUCCACAGAAAAAGCACAAAUUUUCAGUGCCAUUCCCACAGGAACCAUGCAGGAAUGUUGGGUUGUUGGUUUUAUUUUCUUUUCCCCCCAAGCUGGGAGCUGAAGGGCAAAAUCUCUAAGUGCUUUUUGAAGGGAGGGCUGUGUGAGGUUUUCCUGAUUCCUUUCACAUGGGCCAAGGAGGAGCUGUUCUGUGGUAAAUCACAUUCCCUGCAGAUGAAAUCCUGAUCCUGGGGCCUCGAGCCGUCAGAUUUUGGGUCCUUCUCCUUUCCCCACCUCCAUGCAGAAUUCCCAAUCACAACAGGGGAAGCUGAUGGUGGUGUUUUGUUCCAAUGACAAGGAACAAAACUUAUCCAAUGAUAAGGCUCUUAUCCAUGAAUAAACAGAGAUUUCAUGAGAGGUGAGGUUCCUUUGGGACAGUCAGAGAGCUCCACUCCCAGCACUGAUGGUGGUUCUCUCUGUAUCACCUCUUAGGACAGGUUUUGCUGUAAUGUUUGUUGGGUUUGUGUUAUUUUGGGGAUUGGGAUGAAGCAGUGCCAGUGUCCUGAGAAAUUAAGUGGAGAUACUGAAAAUUGUGCUGAAAAAAACAUUUAAAGGAGGCUGAACAAAGGAAAGAGAAAUGCUAAGAAUAAUCCAUAAAGGUUAAAAAAAAUUAUUUCUGAGCUAAAGGCUGCCCUGGGGAAGGGAGCCAUGUGUUGUGUGUUAUGCACAGCCCUGCUUUAAGCCAAACAUUUCAGCAACUGAGUGAAAAGAGCAAAGCUGAGGUGAUGGAAUGAGGGGGGUGCAUCAUGUUGUGCAAAUGAUCCCGAGCUUUCUGUUCCCAAGGCCUCUCUUUGUGCAUUGUGGAUUUUAUGCAACUUUAUUCACCAUUCCUUCCCUCCUGACAGCUGCUCAGAGCCUGCUGCUUCCCAGAGCUCGGGAUGUGCAUCCCUGGAUGUUGGCUCAGAAAAUCCCAGCUCCCUACAAAGGAGAAUCUGGGGAAGACAAAGCAGAGUCAGUUCUGUGCCCUUCCCUGCUCCUCUUUCCCUGUUAUAUCACAUGGAUUCCCUUGGUGUCAUGAGUUCCACUGCUUUGAGAUAGAAACCAGUGCCAGGAAUGUUUCUGCUGCCCAAAUAUAGUCAGCAUGACAGAUCCUGCCUGGAGUCCAAACCAAAUAUCCACGCUCCAGAACCUCUCAAACUCAGCAGAACUCUGGAGCUGCAGCAGCAGUUGCCUGGUGAAGAAUGGGGUGUAUUUCCAGCAGUGUCAGCAAGGAUUCUGGUGGCUCCAGAGGAGCAGGGACUUUGUCAGGAGCAUUGCUGGUGUGCACAGCAAGGAGCUCCUGAGACUCCCUCUGCUCCAUGAGCUGUAUCUGGGAGUCCUGAGUCUUCUCCUCAUCUGACUCUCGUUUCCCUAAAAAACAAAGUUUGUCUUGGCCUCAAUGCUGAGCUGGUUUCUCAGCAAAUAUUUGGCUUGAACUUUAAUCAUUAUGAAAGCUUCCUGCAGCCAGGGGUUUGGUGGGGUUGGAUGUGCUGAAUUUUGGUGUAGAUGGGCACAGUGGAUGCGGGGAGAGAAGGCAAAGUGCUUUCCAAGAAACUCUGCUUUCUGAUCCACCCAGGGAUCACCUGACAGGGGAGCAGGAUCCUAAAAUGUCGCAGUAGUUGUGAAUCAUCUCUGCAGCCCAAGAUUCCCAGUCAGCCAGCACAAGAUAAAACAGAUCAUGUGCAGCACAGUCUCUUCUCAUUCAGAAUCGUUCUGUGACUCAUGGAAAAGGGUUUUCUUGGCUAUGCUGACCCUUGGUAGCUGUAUGGAGAAGUAUUCAGGAACAGUGAGGUCCUAAAAAUGCACUUUACUAAAGCUUUGUGCACUCAGCUGUGCUGAGAUGUAUUUCACAAAAACUUUUACCUUCUUUAUAUUAUGAAGAAAAUUUUUGGCUCCCUCAGGCAGUGCUUGGAGAUUGUGAGUCCUCAAUAUUUAAAGCUUGGGUUCUUCUGCUCCCCUUCACAAAAAUGAGUGCCACAAAAAUAAGGCACUGAGUGGGUGCCUGGAGGGUUUCAGGUUCCUGUUCUGACAGAUUCCACAUUGACCUCAGGCAAAUCUCUUCACCUGCUCUGAGUCUGUCCAAGGAGCAGGACAAAGCUCUACCCUGAGUCUGGACUGGGGGACAUUCACUUGCCCCAAAGGACCAGGCUGCUCCAGCAGGAGGAGAAGUGGGUGUGCAGUGCAUAAAUUAAUGUCUCUCUCCAGCACUGCCGAGUCUUCCUGGCUCUGGGAGAGGCACUUAAAGCUGUUCUGUGACUGAAACUCAAUGUUCUUCCAGCUCUGUGUUUGAUAAAAAUAUUUUUCUUGCAAGACAGUGCUGCCUUACUGGAGAAGAGCUCUUGGCUGGAGGUCUGGAGUCCCAUUCCGAAGCAGGUUUUUCCUUCAAGACUCCUCUCUCAAUCAGCCUUUCAGUUCUCAUCUGCAUGCUCUAAAAGAAAUUUUGAGAAUUUGGGCACUCAAGGCAUAGAUCAGUUGAGUUUCUCCCUUGGUGCUGUGAUUGCAGCUCAAACCACAAACAGGGCUGCAUUUGCAUCUAUUUCAAGCUCCAAAUGCAGGAUUUUUACAGUCAUGCACAGGCACAUUCCUUCUGCCAGUGGUGCUCCUGAGGAAGGAGGAAUCAUCCCUAGAAAGCUGCAGCAAGCAGCUGAGGGCAGCCAAUUCCACAGGAGGGAGAGCCCUAGACCAUGCUUUCUGCUCUUCCUCUUGCUCUCAGCUUCCCUUUGUAAUUCUGUCCCUUGUUUCCUUGCCUGUUACUCCUUAUCCUGUCCUUCUCCUGGGGUCUGAACCACUGCUGCACUUCGUGGUGUUUUUUCUUGGUGAGAAUUGAAAAUGUUCAUGAAAUUCUACACCCAGACUCACUUACUUAUCCUGAGUUGGUUAAAAGCUCCAGGCCAGCUUUAGGCUGAAAAUAUAUGAAACUAAUAAAAUGUUGCAGGCUUGAUUAUGAACUAGGGUGGAAAAAAUUCCAAUUAAAGCACUUUUUAUUAUUAAAAUUACAAGGCUUUUCUGAAAACUUUCAAAUGCCUCAGAUGCCCCUAAUGAAUUUUUACAUGACCUUCUCCCUCCCCGGCAUUUGCUGGUGGCAAUGGGAGCUUGCAGAGUUCUUUUUCCUCUGUCUGGUCCUGAGCUGGGGUUGAGUUCACCCCACUUCAGGACCAGACAGAAAAGCGCAGCUUUUGUCUCUGGAAACCUGAGAAUUUCUGAGUGAGCUUUCUCAAAAAGCCUUGAAUUGAUUCUUGUCUGGAGCUUGGAGAUGCCUCAAAGAAUCUGCCAGCUGAAGACAAGCUGACAAACCUCUCCAAGCCAGUCCUCCAAAACAAGAGUGGCCUGAAAACAGUCAAUAACCCAAGCACACCAGAAACUUGCAGAUGCCCAGCCAAGUUUGAUGGAAGAGGGUCUGGUGUUUACUUUUGUAUGAGUUUGUAAACUCCCCGAACAGUUUCCCAAGCAGAGAGCCCAGACUGCUCUCCCAGCAUCUCAUUUUUCAUCCUGAGGACAGCCCCAGCCCGUGACAAAUGAUGUGGAGCAUCCCCAAUGACACAUUCCAAGGGGUUGAUGUCUCCCUUCUGGAUUCCUUUUGCUGCCUCCUCCCCCUGUGGUUUGUUGUGGGGGUUUUUUUUUGUUUUUUGGUUUUGGGUUUUUUUAUUACUAAAGCUGACAACUGCAGAUUUGCCUUCUGUUGCUCACACAGUUAAAGAGAAGAGUUUGUGUCCACCCCAGCUUGUUUCACUUUGCUGCUGCUCCUCCGCCAGCCCAAAUUUCAGCUGCAGUAACACAAUCCCACUUGGCAGAGCCUGAGAGAAUCUUUGCCACAUUGGAAAGAGGCUUAAUGUAAAGUCUACUUUUUUCUUCUUCUUUUUUUUUAAUUUUUUUUUUUUUUUUAGAGCUUUUUCAAACUUCCCUGGUUGUGCACAGCUCUGGCAGUAGCUGCAUGGCUGCUCACAAAUGGUCCAAAUGUGAGCUCAAGGAUUACAGAUGCAUUCUGUGAAGGGAAUAUCUUGAGUGCUUGUCCCAAAAACUCCUCAAGAACAACAUGGAUCAGGCUGAACAACUUUCUUCAGGCAGAAGGAAAAGCUCCUUGUCCCUGGAGAAGAAAAAGAGCAGUGGCUGGAGAACCACACUGGGGUUUUUGUGUCUGUUCCCUGUGCUGGUUUUGCUGGUGGUUGUGGAAUAUCCAGCUGGAGCUGCAGUUCAUGAAAUUCAGGAUGAUGUCCCGGGCUCAGCUCUGCUCAUCCCAGCUCCUCCUCGGCCUGCAGCGCGGAGCAGGCGAUACACGAUCACCCCAGGCCACCUCAAGUGGGACCACUUCAACCUCACCUACAAGAUCCUGUCCUUCCCAAGGAACCUCCUGAGCGCCAGGGACACGCGCCGGGGGCUGGCAGCUGCAUUCCGCAUGUGGAGUGAGGUGUCCCCAUUCAGCUUCAGGGAGGUCCCACGGCACCUCCCCAGUGACCUCAAAAUCGGUUUCUACUCCAUCAACCACACAGACUGCCUGGAGUCUCUGACCCACCACUGCUUUGAUGGCACCACAGGUGAACUGGCCCACGCCUUCUUCCCACCCCACGGAGAAAUCCACUUUGAUGACCAUGAGUAUUGGAUCCUGGGGAACACCAGGUUCAGCUGGAAGAAAGGGGUUUGGCUGACAGACCUGGUCCAUGUGGCAGCCCAUGAGAUUGGACACGCCCUGGGCCUCAUGCACUCGCUGAACCCCAAUGCCCUCAUGCACAUCAAUGCCACCCUGACGGGCAAAAAGAGCAUUUCCCAGGAUGAAGUGUGGGGAAUCCACAGGCUCUAUGGUGAGGAAUCUCUGCAGGCCUUGCCUAAAGUGGCAACUGGAUGCUGUGGAGCAAUCGUGGUGUCACAUUCCACCUCCUGUUGUUGUGCUCCUGCUUUAGAUCGUUCCCCAUCCCAGCUUCACCUUGUUCUUCCUGACAUUUCACCUAAAUCUGGUUGUUCAGUCUCCCCCAACCACUCUAACACCUCAUCUCCUCCUGUUCCAGGCUGUAAGGACAGGUUAUUUGUGUGCCCAGUAUGGGCAAAAAAAGGCUUCUGUGAGAAGCGCAGGAAGCUGAUGAAGAAGCACUGCCCAUCCAUCUGUGACUUCUGCUAUGAAUUCCCAUUUCCAACAGUGCCCCCCACUCUGCCCCCAUCAAGGACCAAAACCAAGACAGUUUCUGAGGGCAGGAAUGUCACCUUCCGCUGUGGGCAGAAGAUCAUUCAUAAAAAAGGCAAAGUCUACUGGUAUAAAGAUAAGGAACUUCUGGAAUAUUCAUAUCCAGGUUAUUUAUCCCUAAAUGAAGAUCACAUGAGCAUCAUUGCAAAUGCAAUUAAUGAAGGAACUUACACUUGCAUAGUGAAGAAAAAAGAAAGAAUCCUGACUACUUAUUCCUGGAGAAUCAGACUGAAGCACUGACACAACCCUGGAAGGAGCCCUUCAGUUCCUGCUCCUUCUGCUUCCAGUUGUUUCUUCAGCAUUUUAGAUUUAAUCUCCAGUAGUGCAACUAAAUUCUCCAUCAGCUGCUUCAGUACCUUGGGCAAAAGAGACUGGGACUGGUUACUGGAAUGUCAAACUCUUCCAGAUUAAUUUUAAUGUUAAAGAAUUUAUUGACCAUUUGCUGAACAAAGAAUUAAAAAACUUUUUUUUUUUUUGUAAGAAAAGCAUCAGAUGCAGCUGUGUGGGGCACUGUGAACUGCUUCAAACCAGGAGCAGACUCUACUGCAGUCCCUGGGACAGUGGAAUGGCAGGAAAAGGACAAGUUUAACAUUCUCCAAGUGUUUUCCUGCCAUUUUUCACAUCCUGGUGCACUGCAGUAGAAGAAAUGACAAGGCUAAGCCUUAAUACUACUUUUAUUUCACUUGUCAGGAGGAUGAGGAUCACACAAACCCUGUUUUGCUCCUCAGUUGUCUGUUCCAACACGUUCAAUUCAAGGAUCCACAGAACAGCUUUUUUCCCCCAAGUUCUUUCCUGUGGUUUGAGGGUUUUCCUCUUAUCCCAAGAUGCAUUUAUUGCUCAGAGCUCUGUCCUUGACAGGUCUGAGCUGCUCAGAGUUUGGUCCCUGUAGGGUCUGAGCCUUGAGGUCCUGUGGGAGAUGAGGUGAUCUCCUCCCUCAGGAUGAGGUAGAAGUGCCACAUCCAGCUGGAAAAGAGCUCAGGAGUGGCUGGCAAAGCUGGGGGCAGGGAAGCUGUGAAGGAAACAAUUCCAUGCCAUAGCCAAACUAUGCAGAGGGGUCAUGGUUUAAUCCUUCAGAGCUUCCCUGCACUCUGGCUUUUCAGUGGGUUCCUGGGGAAGCUUCUGGAAUCAGGAAUGUUUCAGCUGUUUCCCCUUCAGGGCUGAGGGGAACAGGAAAACAACAAGGCUGCUUUCCCAACUCACCACAACUGCAGCACGUUCACAUUCCAGCCCAAUGGCCUUUACCCAGGAAAACUCUCCAAAACAGACUGAAACUGAUAAAAUGUUUAUGAUUUGAGUUAAUCCCUUACUGGCCUGGUGCCAAGCUGUGAUUGCAGGAAAAUGUGGUGUUUUCCAGAUCUCCCUGUUCCCAGAACAAAGUGACAGCUUCACAAAUCAGGGGCUCCAGAGGAUGAGAUUCCAAAAUGAUUCCUCCACUCCUCUUUCCCCAGAAAGGACUGGAAUGUGGCCUUGCAUAACCACUAAAACUGAGUUCUUCUCUGGAUGGAAAAGGGGCAUAUUUAAAAAAAAGACCUUUCACAAAAAAUAAAGUUUCAAGUCUCCAUAUUGAAUCUUUUUGAUUUAUAAAACAAUAGAGUAACUUGUUUUGCACCACUGUAAAUACAUUUACAGAAAAAAAAUAUCUGGUCAGGGAGUAUCAAACCCAGCCCAGUUCUCUCCAAAGUUAACAGGACACAAAUCUCAGAAUUGUAAUUUUUCUUUUUGCCCCAAAUAUAUUCAGACACAAACAAUUUACUUACUUAAAAUAAAAAAUAAACUCUUUACUGUCACCAACAUCCCACUUUGUUGCAUGUGAAGCAAUGAAAUCCUUCACACUAUGAAACAAUCGAAAAUUUAUUUUAAUUCUACAAAUUUACAAGGAAAACAAAACAAAAAAUUCAACAAAAAAACCUCUAAAAAUAGACAAUAAACUGUUCCAGGACUGUUAUUUCAAGUUGUCCUUUGUCACAGCUUGUGAUGAUCCUGGGGUUUUCAGGUAACUCCAGUCUUUUAAUGGAAUGCAGCAGUUAAACUCCACAUUGAUUUAUAAAACAAAAGCCUUGGAAUCUGUGGUAAUCUGUGAGUUUUUUUCACAGGGAAAAACAUCUGGUGCCCCUGACACAGAGAA